AGGUGAGGGGCAGUCCUUCCGCGCAUAUAAACCUCGUCGCUUGUGAGUUGACGUACCCUUCAGCGAACAGAGUUCUUGCUCAAGAUGUCAUCCUCUCAUUGUGGCCUAAGUGUACUUUUGGCAUUCGCCCUCGCCGUUUCAGCAGUGUCAUGCUCCACCAAUGACGAGAAAGUAGUAAAUAUCACGCUCUACUACGAGGGACUCUGCUCCGGUUGCCACAUGUUCAUUCUGGAACAACUACAUCCCACGUACGUAAAACUUCAAGACUACCUCAACGUCGACAUCUUGCCCUUCGGUAAUGCACGCAUGCACGUCGUGAACGGGACCGUCACGUUUGACUGCCAGCACGGACCCGACGAGUGCUACAUCAACGAAGUACAGACGUGCGCCGUCAAGUACGUACACCCGACCCGCAGACUUCUUGACUUCGUCGCAUGCAUGCUCAGCCACGACAACCCCACUGGAGCUGGAAAGCCUUGUGCCGAUAAGGUCGGCACGGACUGGGGUGUAUUGAACAAGUGCAGCACUGGACCAGAAGGUACGCAGCUCAUGUACGAGAUGGGAAAAAGGACGCGCGACCAUCAGCCACCGAUUGAGUACGUGCCUUGGAUAGAAGUGAACGGAGCACACAACUUGACCAUUCAGGCGCGGGCGCAAGGAGAACUGUUCGACUUUGCGUGCGAGCUUCUUGAGCCUGAAGCCCCCAAAAUCUGCAAGAAGGCCGGCUCAUAUUAUUGCGCCGCAUGACUCGGAAAAAUAUAGUGACUAUGACCACACAAGACCUUGAGACCGUGGCACCUGAAACCACAAUGCUCAGUUACUUGGACUCUGUGUUAUAGUUCUUGCUGCGAAAAUAAAUGGCAACGUGCACGCAUUUAACGCAAA